AAAACAAAGUGUUACAUGCGCUGUCCCUGUCCUUAUGGAUCAUACAAACACGUGAAGCCUCCUUGUCGAUGUAGUCUACAGUUUAAACCGGUGUGUGGUGCCAACGGUAAAACAUAUAUCAAUAGGUGUAAAGCGGAUUGUAGAAAAGUGCCUGUAUCAUGUACAGGGAAAUGUCCAUGUAAGACAUGUCAAUGCCCUAAAGAAUAUAAUCCUGUUUGUGGCGCGGAUGGUAAAUCAUAUAAAAACACAUGUGUCGCUUCCUGCAAAAACAUAAAAGUAUCAUGUAACCACAAAUGUCCAUGUUGUGAAUGUCCAGCUGACAUAGCACCUGUUUGUGGGACCAAUGGGAAACAAUAUUCAAAUGAAUGUUUUGCCAAAUGCGCGAAAGUCCCUGUAUCCUGUAAAGGAAAAUGUCCAUGUAAGAAAUGCGAAUGUCCUCGGGAAUAUAAUCCUGUUUGUGGCGCUAAUGGUAAAUCAUAUAAAAACACAUGUGUUGCUUCCUGCAAAAAAGUGCCUGUAUCCUGUACAGGGAAAUGUCCAUGUAAGAAAUGUGAAUGUCCACGAGAAUAUAAUCCUGUUUGUGGCGCUAAUGGUAAAUCAUAUAAAAACACAUGUGUCGCUUCCUGCAAGAAAGUUCCAGUAAAAUGUAAUACAAAAUGUCCAUGUGAAAACACCGAAUACUGUGCUAAAAAUAAUGAACCAGUUUGUGGAGUGAACGGAAAGACAUAUAACAAUGAAUGUUACGCUAGGUUAAGUAAUACAGCUAUCAAAUGUAAAACUGAGUGUCCAUGUUCAGAACCAUGUGACUGUCGUAAAACCUACAAUCCUGUUUGUGGUACUGAUGAUAAAACGUAUGAUAGCAAGUGCUAUGCUAAAUGCAGCAAGGUUGGGAUUAAAUGUCCAGGUCGAUGUCCAUGUAAUUGUGGUUGCUCUACAGAUUAUAAACCAGUGUGUGGAACCAACGGUCAAACAUACGCAAACAAGUGUACUGCAAAUUGUCGAAAGGUGUCUAUAAAAUGUGAUCGUCAAUGUCCGUGUACUCCAUCCUGUGUGUGUCCAACAGUGUAUGAACCCGUAUGUGGAACGGACGGUGUGACGUACAGCAGCGAAUGUCAGGCCACAUGCAAAAAAAUAAUCAUAAAGUGCCAUAAAAAAUGUCCGUGUGUUCCACCCUGUAUGUGUCCAGCCACACAUAAACCUGUCUGUGGUACUGAUGGUAACACUUACAGAAGUCAAUGUCAAGCUAGAUGCAAAAAUGUUGGUAUAAAGUGUAAUCACAAAUGUCCCUGUAAACAGAAGUGUGUCUGUCCUGCUGUAUAUCAACCUGUGUGUGGAUCAGAUGACGUGACGUACGAUAAUCAAUGUACAGCAAAUUGCAAACGUGUGACGGUAUCGUGUAAAGGAAAAUGUCCAUGUGGAUGUAAAUGUCCCCCAUACAAAAGUGACGUAUGUGGAGAAGACGAUAAGACAUAUUAUAAUGAAUGUUUUGCUAAAUGUGCCAAAACAAGCGUACUAUGUACAGGGAAAUGCCCUUGUACAAAGUGUAUGUGUCCCAGGAACUAUCACCCAGUGUGUGGUGUAGACGGUAAAACAUAUGGUAAUACCUGUGUGGCGUCGUGCAAUGAUGUAAAAGUAUCAUGUGACCACAAAUGUCCAUGCUGUACCUGUCCUUCUGACGUCACACCUGUCUGUGGAGUCGAUGGUAGCCAAUAUUCAAACGAAUGUCAAGCGAAAUGUGCUAAAGUUCCAAUAAAAUGCCAUACCAAGUGUCCAUGUGAUGAGGUAAAACCAUGUCCUGAUUCAUAUAAACCAGUCUGUGGGGUUAAUGGAAAGAUGUAUAACAAUGAAUGCUAUGCCAAACUUAGUAAUACUGCGGUCAAAUGUAAAUCUGAGUGUCCAUGUCCAGAACAAUGUGAGUGUCGUAAAACGUACAAACCUGUUUGUGGUACUGAUGAUAAAACGUAUGAUAGCAAGUGUCAUGCCAAAUGCAGCAAGGUUGGGAUUAAAUGUCCAGGUCGAUGUCCAUGUAACUGUGGAUGUUCUACGGAUUAUCAACCAGUUUGUGGAGCCAAUGGUCAGACGUUUGCCAACAAGUGUACUGCAAAUUGCCGGUAA